CUCCCACGGAAUGACUGCGAUCAUUUAAAGCAAUCCUGCUCUCAUCAUGGGAAGCCGGGGAAGAAUUGACGUCCGGAAGAUCCUGCCUAUAGGAUCCGAGCCGUCAGAGGAGCCGUGCUUUUCCCUCACUUUAAAUCCGGCCGAGGAGUGCAGGUGCUGAAAGCCAGGAGAUACCGGGAAUGCAGCAUGACAGCAACUACCAAAAGUUCUUGCUGGCUGCAAUUCCCUUGUUUCAGACUCUGUUCUGCUCGGCAGACCCGGAGCUGGGAAAUUAACUAGCCUUGAUUUUGAAAAUGCCUCCUGCUGACUGGGCUUUGAAUGUGAUAAAUGACCUUCCAGAGCUGGGGAGCAGCUAACAGCAAGACAAGGCAAUGAGGAAAAGACAAGUUCCAGGAUUCAAACUCUGGUAAAAGAUGUUCUCCUUUCAACCUAUAGAAACUGUACUGCAACCAAGAGGCAGCAAAAUCAAAGGAAGAAAUUUUACUCAAGGAUUUUCAAAAAGUUGUGUUCUGAGAAAAGUAGGACAAUGGCAUCUGGAGAGUGCCUUCUGCUGGACCUGGAAGCAGAUAACUUCAUCCUCUACAACAUCUCUGUCAACCAGAGUGCAAACCUCUCCAUCCUCAGCGAUGAGUGGUUCUACCCAGCCUUCCUGUAUGCCAUCCCCACCAUUUAUGGGAUCAUCAUUUUGAUAGGCCUUAUCGGCAACAUCACUUUGAUUAAGAUCUUCUGUACUGUGAAAUCCAUGAGAAAUGUCCCUAAUUUGUUCAUCUCCAGCUUGGCUCUGGGAGACCUGCUGCUCUUAGUGACUUGCGUGCCUGUGGAUGCCAGCAGGUACCUUGCUGAUGAGUGGCUCUUUGGCAGAAUCGGAUGUAAACUUAUCCCCUUCAUACAGCUCACUUCUGUAGGGGUGUCAGUCUUCACUCUCACUGCUCUCUCAGCUGACAGGUAUAAAGCUAUAGUAAGACCAAUGGAGAUCCAAGUGUCCCAUGCACUGAUGAAGAUCUGUGUGAGAGCUGCUAUCAUCUGGAUUGUCUCCAUGCUGCUUGCCAUCCCUGAAGCAGUGUUUUCAGAUUUGCACCCUUUCCAUGACAAAGGGACUAACAAAACCUUCAUCAGCUGUGCUCCCUACCCACAUUCUGAUGGGCUGCAUCCAAAAAUCCACUCAAUGGCAUCAUUUCUGAUCUUUUAUAUUAUUCCCCUAUCUGUCAUAUCAGUAUAUUAUUAUUUCAUUGCUAAGAAUUUGAUCCGGAGUGCUUACAACAUUCCUGUGGAAGGAAACUUGCACGUGAGAAAACAGAUUGAAUCCCGUAAGCGCCUAGCCAGGACAGUACUGGUCUUCGUGUGCCUCUUUGCCUUCUGCUGGCUCCCCACUCACAUCAUCUAUUUAUACCGGUCCUACCACUACUCAGAGGUGGACACCUCGGUGCUGCACUUCAUUGCCAGCAUCUGUGCUCGGAUCCUGGCGUUCACUAACUCUUGCGUCAACCCAUUUGCUCUCUACCUGCUCAGCAAGAGCUUUCGGAAACAGUUCAACAAACAGCUGUUCUGCUGCAGAGCUCGUCUCCUCAUCCGGUCGCAGAGCAUGGCCAGGAGCACCACCCGAAUGACCUCCCUCAAGAGCACCAACCACUCCUUGGCCACCUUCAGCCUUAUCAAUGGCAACCACAUCUGCCACGAAGGCUAUGUCUAAAAUGUGCAGCUGAGGACCGCUGCAUGACGUACCCAGUGCAGCUGCUUGGUUCUGCUCUGUGGGGAUGCUGAGUAGCACACAUAUGCACACAUGCAUGCACACGUGUGCAAGGAAGUCUGAUGCACUCUGAAAAUGAACUCAGAGGAGCUGGAAGCAUCCAACAUUUCAUCCCGGACUGUGCAUGUCUGGAGCAGCAGGUCAUUUUGCACCUGCCCGCAGGAGCUCCCUGAGGUGGGCUGCGUUGCUUCAACUCUCGCUGCUUUUAACGAGAGUGAAGUGAGCGUCUUAAGAUCAAAUCUAGUUUGGCUCUGCCAGUUCUUCAUGACUUUCUGCUCAAUCCCAAACUCAGACAGACUUACAGCAAUGACAAAGACUACACCAGGUGCACAAAAUUCAUCAGAACAGUUGCAUCCAGCAGUUCAUGGCAUAAUAUUUUUGACACCAAAAUAAAUCCAUUUAAAUAAGGUAAAUACUUUUACAAAGGAGUUCAGUGUAGGUCAUUUACAGACUUUUCAAGUAUUUAUUAAUGUUCGGAGUACAGUAUUAAUUCAUGGUAUAAAAAAUAUCAAGAGUUUACUGGGGUAUGUUGGUGGCCCCAUCUGAAAUAAAUGAGCAUUUUCUUGCACUACGUCAAUGUGAAAGCAGUAACGUAAAUAAAUGUGAGUUGGAAUAUG